AUGAUCCUCCAGAGUGAGAUCGCCUGGCAAACCCACACUAUCUCUAUCUUCAAGAGUAAAAACAUAAUACCAAAAGCACGCAAACACGUCAACCGCUCCCCUAGAUUCAUAGACGCGACAAUGGAUAGCGGAGGAGAGGCCCGUCCCGAGACCAGAGUCUGGGCACAACAGGUCGAGGCAGAAAAGGCCGCGGACGAUCGGAAGCAGCCAUGGAAGCAACACCUCGAAGCCGAGGAUGAAGCAAAGAUGAAUCAAGCAUCUGCCCCAACGCCAUUGCCACAGCCACCUAACCCGCAACCCGACCCGCCACCGUCACCGCCGCCGCCGACCUUCUGA